CAUGAACUACACGUAUUAGCUCAAAUCCCCACCAUGAUUAUCUCUGGACUUGAAAUCGUCAACCGUCAAUUGGUGCGCAACCUACGCCAUGCCUCUGAGCAACAACAGCCAUGUGGAGUCGAUCUGACUCUGCGUCAGGUUUCUCACUGGACUUCAGCGGCCAUAAUCGACUUCGAUAAUAGCAAGCGUGAGGCAGCCAAAGUCUCCAGCCUGCUUUUCGAUAAUACCAGCCACAAAAUUGUAUUACCACCUGGCGCCUAUUUGGUUGACUUUAACGAGACAGUUCAGAUCCCACUGAAUUGCAUUGCAAGUAUAUUUCCUAGGUCAUCGCUAUGGCGGUCCGGCGUGGGAGUCUAUGCUGGCGUGGUAGAUGCUGGUUAUGAGGGUGCUAUGGGAGCUUUGAUGGAAGUAAAAAACCCCCACGGAGUUGUUCUCCAUAAAAACGCCAAACUCGCUCAAAUUGUGUUUGAUGAAAUGGGACAAACGGUCGAGGGAUACAAGGGCAUCUACCAGUUUUCAACGAGUAGUGUUGGCUGCGAUGGCACAGAGAAAGCGUGAGAUUUCGGCUGUGCCCAGUUCUUGAACUGAAGGAGAACACACCCGUUCUAUCUAGGAAUAACAUCCGGGAAAAUUUUGUAAUAAAAAGAAGAUUGAUCUGGUUUGCUAUAUAGCUAUUCGUGGGCGUCAGGUCUGAUGACAUCUGGGAACCUGAUGAGACUACUAGCUAUAUAACCCAAUGUAGGAGCGUAUGCGUUAAUAGGGCGAGUAAAGUAGUAAAAAUACUACACUGUAC